CCCUGCCCUGAGCCCGGGGCUCGGGGGGAUGCGCGGCCCGGGGCCGCGGCUGCCGGCGCUGCCCGCGCUGCUGUGGCUGGCGCUGGCCCCGCUGCCCGGCCCCGCGGCGCGGGCAGAGCUGCGGGUGCGGGUGCGGCUGCCCGGCGGGCAGGUGACGGAGGAGAGCCUGCAGGCCGACAGCGGGGCCGACUGCGUCAGCCUGGAGCUAAGGGCGGCCGACGGCGCCCUCGUCACGCUCACGGCGGAUUUCAGACAGGAGGUGAAGAUCUUCCGUGCCUUAAUCCUCGGGGAGCUGGAGAGGGGCCAGAGCCAGUUCCAGGCUCUCUGCUUUGUGACCCGGCUGCACCGCAACGAGAUCAUCCCCAGCGAGUCCAUGGCAAAGCUGCGGCAGAAAAACCCCCGGACAGUGAGGCAGGCAGAGGAGGUGCGAGGUCUGGAGCAUCUCAGCAUGGACGUGGCUGUGAACUUCAGCAAGGCAGCCCAGCUGAGCUCCCACAUCCACAACGUGUGCGCAGAGGCCAGGGAGGCCAUUUACACCCGCGAGGAGGAUGUCAAGUUCUGGCUGGAGAAAGGGGUGGACGGCUCCAUGUUCGAGGUGCUGCCGCAGGGCUCGGACCUGCCGGAGCUGCAGCGCUGCCGGCUGUGCCUGGACCGCUGGAAGCCCUGCAUCUGCAGCUACUCGCUGAGCAUCGAGUGGUACCCCUGCAUGCUCAAGUACUGCAGGAGCCGCGACGCCGGCGGCAAGGUGUCCUCCUACAAGUGCGGCAUCCGCAGCUGCCAGAAGGGCUACACCUUCGACUACUACGUGCCUCAAAAGCAGCUCUGCCUCUGGGAUGAGGAAACCUAGAGCCAGGCCAGACUUCCCAGGGGUGGCUCCUCUGCCCCGGCAGGGGGCUGGCUGCUCCGAAGAAGGAAUGCUGUUCACAGUGGUGCCUUGUGCUCUGUGUGUGUGCCUUUCCUCCUGUGACGCUGCCCCGUGCUGUGACAAGCAGGCUCAGCUGGCAGGGUGAUGAUGCUCUGGCUCCCUGGAGCAGGAGAUGCAAGUUUUGGGGUGAAGCACAGGGAAAGGGGUGUGCUGCCCUGCUCUGGAGCUCAAAGGGGCGCUUUCCAGCCUCGAGCUGAGCGGGCAGGGCAAGGAUCUUGCUGACCUGGGUUGCCAAACAUGUCUGCCACUGAAGAACCCCCUUUUCUGCCUUCACCACCUCCUGGUGACACAACCACGGGGAAACAGCUGAAUUUUGGGACCACACCCCCUGAAGGAAGGUUUGAAGCCCACCCAAAGCAAGAGCCUGCCUGUAGCUUUUCCUAGUGCCUGACUGGCUGUUAUAUCCCCCCGUGGAUGGAAGAUACACUGGGGGAUAUAGCCCAGCAUCCUGUGCCCUUAAAGGGCUGGUAAUUAGGGCUUGAAUUAAUCCCUAUCUAGACUAGUGAAGGCCCAACUUUUUGUGUUGGUCUUGUGACUGUUCCACUAAGAAAGAAACAUCUAGAGACUCAUGACUACCAGCCUGACCCUGUGGUUGCAGGGGGAGAGGAGGAUGCCAGGUGGGUUUUGAAGAAGACAGGAUUCUACAUCCACGUCCAGUUUUACGUCCUGCUCUGCCAGCUAUUCACAAGAAGCUCUUAAAUAACUGUACUGCUUUGCUGUGCCUUGGUUCCCCCCAUAUGUUAAACAAGGAUGACACUGAAGUUGUCCUUGGCUCUGGAAUAUUCCUGGAGGGAUCAGACAAAAAGCGCUGGAAGUGCUGCUUGGUUCUGUGUCCUCUUCCACUCAAAUUAGGACAAGCACAGAGGGGAGAGAAGCUCUUGGGGUCUUUAGGAACCUCCUGUGCCUCCUGGUGAAAAGCCUUCACAAUGUGCCUUUUUGCCUAAAAUACAGGAAUUUUUGUGAAAGAGGAAAAAAAAAA